UGUGUUGUCUCCUCUUCUCUCUUGUGUUGUGUUGUAUUGUCAUUGCCUGUCUUGUCCGUUCAACGCACACGUUAAUAAAGAAGUAAAGACGGGUAAUUGUUAGAUAUUAAAAAUGCUUCUAAAGUUAUUUUCCUUUUUAUUAUUUGUAAUUUCUGUUUAUUCGGCGGAAGAAAUUAAGACGGAAGACGAUGUUUUAGUAUUAACCAAGUCUAAUUUCCAGACGGCAACGACCGACAAUGAAUUCGUAUUGGUAGAAUUUUAUGCUCCGUGGUGUGGACACUGCAAAGCUCUGGCACCAGAAUAUGCUAAAGCUGCGAAGCAAUUGGCAGAACAAAAUUCUUCCAUCAAACUUGCUAAAGUCGAUGCCACUGAGGAACAAGAACUUGCCGAGCAACAUGGUGUAAGGGGAUACCCCACGUUGAAGUUCUUCAAGAAUGGAAAUCCCAUCGAUUAUAAUGGUGGAAGACAGGCAGAUGAUAUCGUUGCUUGGCUUUUGAAAAAGACUGGGCCUCCAGCCAAGGAAAUAGCGUCUAUAGAUGACGCUAAGGAGUUCAUCGAGGCCAAUAAUGUUGCCGUUAUUGGAUUUUUCAAGGACCAAUCUACUGACGCUGCAAAAGCAUUUUUGAGCGUAGCUUCCGGCAUAGAUGACAUUCCGUUCGGAAUUACUUCAGAAGACAGUGUCAACAGUCAGUAUGAAGCUCAACCAGAUUCUAUCAUUUUAUUCAAAAAGUUCGAUGAAGAAAAAGUUGUGUACGAUGGAGAAGCAGUAGACGCUGAUAUUAAGAAGUUUAUUCAAACUAACGCUUUACCGUUGAUCGUUGAAUUUAACCAUGACACUGCACAGAAAAUUUUCGGAGGCGAAAUUAAGAGCCAUUUGCUUUUGUUCCUAAGCAGGGGAGAUAAGGAAUCUUUCGAGAAAAUUUCUCAAGCCGCACGUUCUGUGGCAAAACCGUUCAGGGAACAAGUUUUGUUUGUAACUAUCGAUGCCGACGAGGACGAUCAUCAAAGAAUCCUCGAAUUCUUCGGAAUGCAAGGUAAAGAGGUACCGGCCGCCCGAUUAAUCAAACUCGAAGAGGAUAUGGCAAAAUAUAAACCACCCACCGAUGACCUGUCUGCGGAAAGCAUCCAGCAGUUUGUUCAAGAUUUCCUCGACGGCAAACUCAAACAGCAUUUACUUAGCCAAGAUCUUCCAGAAGACUGGGACAAAGAACACGUCAAGGUACUAGUAGCCUCUAACUUUGACAGCGUCGCGCUCGAUUCGGGCAAAGACGUACUGGUAGAAUUUUACGCUCCGUGGUGCGGGCACUGCAAACAGCUAGUUCCUAUCUACGAUAAAGUAGGGGAGCACUUUAAAGACAAUGAAAAUAUAGUUAUCGCAAAAAUGGACGCCACGGCAAACGAACUGGAACACACCAAGAUUUCUAGUUUUCCAACGAUUAAAUUGUACACAAAAGGUGAAAAUCAGAUCAUAGAAUACAACGGGCCCAGAACCUUUGACGGUUUAACCAAAUUCGUUGAGUCCGGCGGUGCCGACGGUGCAGGCGUGGAGGAGCCCGUGGAGGAGGUCGAGGAAGACGACGACUCCACGAGGAAAGACGAGUUGUAAAAAUGUAAAAAUGUCUCAAAUUGUAUAUUCCAUUUCUUAAAGUAUGAAACAUUAUUUUUACAAUUUUUUAACAGAUUUAUAUAUUUCUUCGGUUUCACCAUAUUUACCAUGACAAAAAAACAUGUCAAUCUAUUAUUUAAAUUUGUAUCUACUCGUUGACGGUUAAUACCACUUAAUCCUUAUGGUAUGUAUGGCUUAACCUAAGGAGUGUUGCAUAUCUCUAUUUAUAGAGUUUUGUGAGACUGGUUGUGUGUUACAUCUGCCAAAGGUGAAAAAAAUACUUAUUUUCCUCUUUCGUGCUUAAAUAUAUAUAAUUUGGCAGAUCUAAACAUAAAAGUUUAAACCUUUUUGUAAUUUAACAAAUAUUAUAUUCUAGAUGUUGAAACUACAAAUAAAUGUAGCAAUUGCUAGAAAAUUUAAA